AUGACAUCAAAUGAGACUAAUGAGAAUAUUGUCCUCUGUUAUCCGCUCCUGCCAGACUCGUGUCCUAGAGCUCAUCGUCUCACUGCAGUUAAAGUGGCAAUGUACGCUUUCAUGUUGCUCAUGAUCCUCACCACAGUUUUGGGGAAUCUGCUGAUCAUCAUCUCCAUCUCUCACUUCAAACAGCUUCAGUCUCCGACUCAUCUGAUCGUUCAGUCAUUGGCCGCUUGCGACUGUCUGCUGGGCUCUCUGGUCAUGCCCUACAGCAUGGUGCGGUCUGUCGAGGGCUGCUGGUUUUUGGGAAAUAUUUUUUGUAAGGUGCAUUCUAGUUUAGACAUGACUUUUAGCAUCUCUUCUUUACUGCAUCUCAGCUUAAUAUCUAUUGACAGAUACUGGGCCAUCUGUGACCCUUUGAGAUACAAAAUGAGAGUCACAAACAACACCGUGGCUGUAUUCAUCGCCCUAACGUGGCUCUUUUCAUUUACGUACAGCUUCAGCAUUGUGUUUUCAGGGGUGAAUGCAGUUGGUUUGGAAGCUCUUAUAUUGCAGAUAUCUUGUUCUGGUGGCUGUGUUCUGCUUUUUAACAAAGAAUGGGGCUUAACCUGUGUCAUUUUGGUGUUUCUUAUUCCGGGAACUAUAAUGAGCUGUCUGUACAUCAGCAUAUUCAAUGUUGUGAAAAAGCACGCAAAGGUUUUGUCAGAGAAGGUGUGUGUGGGCACGGCAGGUGUUCAGACUCAAAGCUCCGCACAGAGAGAAAGAAAAGCAGCUAAAACUCUGGCUCUUGUGAUGGGCGUUUUCUUUCUCUGCUGGCUGCCGUUCUUUAUUGCCACUGCCGUCGAUCCUUUCAUCAAUUUUGUAACUCCACCGGAUGUUUUUGAUGCUUUGGUUUGGUUUGGCUAUUUGAAUUCAACAUGUAAUCCUAUAAUCUAUGGAUUUUUCUAUCCUCGCUUUCAGAAGGCCUUUAAGAUUCUCAUAUCCACUUAUAUCUCUGGCUUUAGUCACGCACACACCCUGACAUUUGAAUAA